AUGGAUGGCUUCAUUCUUAAAAUGAGACUUAUUCUAGCAGCUAACAGAGAUGAAUUUUACCACAGGCCAUCGAAAUCAGCAGAUUUUUGGGACAGCUGCAAUGAAAUCCUUAGUGGUCUGGAUAUGGAAGAAGGAAAAGAAGGUGGGACAUGGCUAGGAAUCAGUAAGAAAGGCAAGAUGGCAGCCCUGACAAACUAUAUGCAGCCAAAGGUUGACAAUAAUGCAAAAGGAAGAGGUGCUCUUGUAGCAAACUUCUUGACUUCAGAUCUGGACAGCUAUUCUUACUUGAAGAACGUUUCAGUAGAAGGACAUCUUUACAAUGGAUUUAACUUAAUAGCAGCUGACUUGAAUACUACCAAAGGAGAUGUAAUUUGCUACUAUGGAAACAGAGGAGAACCGGAACCUGUUUUCCUAAAUCCUGGAAUAUAUGGAUUGAGUAAUUGUUUGUUGGAUACACCAUGGAAGAAACUUCAGUAUGGGAAGCAGCUUUUCACAGAAGUGAUCAAGAGAAGUGAAGACCUUACUAAAGAAAACUUGGUGCAGGAGCUCCUUACAGUGAUGAAUAAUCAAGAGCCUCAAUUACCAGAUCCUGCAAUUGAAGACCAAGGGAUGGAUUACAUACGUCCUUUAUUAAACAAAUAUGCAGCUGUAUGUGUUCGAUGCCCUGGAUACGGAACAAGGACCAACACGGUCAUUCUCAUUGAUGCAGAAGGAGAGGUUACUUUCACAGAGCGCACCAUGAUCAAUGCCGAUGUCGACCAGUGGAAAACAAGCUCCUACGAGUUCAAGCUACAGAUUUAACAACUUUGAAUGGAUUGUAAUAAAAGCGAUGAGAGAACAAGC